AUGCGACUUCCUCAUAACAUGAGUGAAAAAUGUAGUGAUUGUCGUGACGAUCUUUAUGGUAAUGCGGUGAACAUUCCAUCUAAAGAUCGAUAUAUUUUACUCUUUUCGCGCAAUAUUUGGAUUUCAGAGGAUGCACGAUGUUGCUCAGGUCAUUUAAUUGGUAAUCAAUUAACUAAAGAAGCUGUUCAUGCAAUUAAAUCAUUCGCAAUACGACAUCAAGAAUUAAAGUGUUCUAAUAUUCAACUUCUUUUGAACAAAUCUCAGACCUUAUUUGAAAAUGAACAGAGUAGAUUUAAUUUUGAUGAUCUACGAGGCCUUACAGAUGAUGAAUAUUGUUUAUUAACUAGUCUUUCAAAAAAUUAUUUUAAUGAACUUAUUGAAAUUAUUUCAACAUCUGGUAUUCGUAAUUCAUUUAAUCGAUCGAUAAGAACAGCGAUUGAUAUUUACUUAUGUAAACUUUGUCUUGGGCUAUCAAAUCGUCACUUAGCGUGUAUGUUUCAAUUACUAGACAAGAGAACAAUUUCCAAAACUAUUGCUAGUGCCCGUCAAGCUAUAUUAAAAAAUUGUGUACCAUACAAUUUGGGACUCGGACGAGUUACACGUCAAGAUGUUAUUGAUCAUCAUACAACAACAAUUGUUCGAAAGUUAAUGUGUGAUGGUGCUGAUUCUAAUACAGCAAUCGUUGUCAUUGAUGGCACUUAUAUUUACAUUCAAGUGAGAAAUAAUUUACUAUACUUUUAA